AUGGGUACUACUCGCGGGCCUGCGACGCCUUGCGACGGUCCGGUUGAGGAGGGCGGCACGCGUAUUUGUAAGCCAUACCCGGAAGAUACGGACUGCCGAACAGGCAGCAAUACUAGCAACCUGGGGACCGAAGAGGCUUUGGGAGUGAUGGGCGGAGAGGGAGGUGAUGGGCCGGAGCGAGAGGAAAGGGAGAGCGGAACACUCCAAGAGUCAGAGUGUGGGGUGAAGGAAGAGGUCGGGGGAGGGGGAAGGCGGAAAGGAGGGGAGGGGAGGGGGAAGGAUAAGCGGAGAGAGGGACGCGCGGGAAGCAUAGGGGGGAAGGCGAGAGAGUUGGAGGUGCAGGAGAGAGUUUCGGACUCGCCUCGGCCGCACAACACGCUCUCACACGUUUCAGAUAUGUCUCACAGGGUUGCUCACUCUCCUGUCGCACAAGGCACGCCUCGAAGGAAGGGACGCGCGGGGGAAACCCCACUUGGCCUGGGAACGGAGGGGGGUGCGGGGUCGAAGGUGAGAGGGGGGGUGGAAGAGCGGAGGGAGCAGGAAGGGGUGGAGGCGACGGGGAGGAAGGAUAGGGAGAGCAAGAGCAGGAAAGGGGUGUCUAGAGGAGGAAAGAAUGAUCGGAUGGGAGAGAAACAGAGGCGAGUGCAGCCCUUACUGCAGGGGGAGGCAGAGGAGGGAGCAGGAGGGGGAGCAGGGGAGGGAGUAGGAGGAGAGAAAGCAGGAGAGGGAUCGGAGGAGCCUCCAAGGGAAGGGACCGCUGGAGGUAGGGUAUUGGGAGCAGGGGGCCAGGCGGAGAGGAUGGACCAGAAGCAGCAGCAGCAGCAGCAGCAGCAGCAGCAGCAGCAGUAUCAGUGCGUUGAUGAUAAUUUGACUAAUGUCGCUGCUCCCCAGCUACUGAGAAGCGCUCCUGUGCGGUGCUCUCUCCUCACCUCCUCCUCCCUCUCCUCCCCUCUUCCUUCCCAUGCCCUGUUGCUGCCUGCUGAUUCAGCUUCCCCACUCGCUUCUCCUGCUGUAGCAGCGGUGACUAAAGCAGGAGUGAGUAAAGGGGGAGUGACUAAAGGUGGAGUGACCAAAGCGAAAGUGACUAAAACAGGAGCCACUGCAGCUGGUAUUGCCACUCGUUUGAGUCAACCCCCCAAUGUGCAUGCGGAAGAGAAUGAGACAGAAGGGCUGGGGUGGAUAGAGGCCCCUUGGGGAGGAGGUCGGUGGGAUGCUGCUUCUGCUGCUGCUGCUGCUGCCGCUGCUGCUGGUGCUGGUGAUUAUGCCGCUGCUGAGGAUUAUUAUGCUGCUGCUGGUGCUGAUGCUGCUGCUGAAGAUGCGUUCAGUGAUGUGUUUGAUGAUGGCAUGGUGGAGAAGGGCCGUGUGGUGGUGCGAGGCGAUGCAGACGUGCUCAUUCUGGACUCAUGCAGUGAAUGGGAUGGGGACGCGGAUGGGACUGCAGUGAGGGAAGGGGUAGGGGAGGCAGCAGCAAGGGAGGAGAUUGUGGAGAUUGGGAGCGUUCUGAUAGGAACGCGUGGGGAACAAGCAGCAACAGCAGCAGCAGCAGCACCAGCAGCAGCAGCAGCAGCAGCAUCACACAAGGCUCUAGCCCAGCGGUGGCAGUCGCUUCGCAUUCAUGUUCCAAGCAUGUCUAGCAUCGCUCCUUCCUCCCUCGCCUCCCCAUCCCCUUCUCCCUCCCCCUCCUCUCGCUCCACUGCUGCUGUUGCCCCUCCUCCCUUUCCUCACUCCACCUCUAUCGCUGCCUCUUCCCCCCUCCCUCCCUCCGCUUCCUACCCCUCCUCACCCUCCUCUUCCGUGUUUCUCCCCUCGCCAAUCAUCUCACCUUCCUCCCACACUUCCUACUCUGCCAAUUUUUCCUCCCCUUCGUCUGCCAUAUCCACAUCCCGCCACCGCCCAAAAUCCUCUUCCCUUGCUGCCGCCGCCACUAUCGCUUCAGCAAAGGCCGCAGCAGCGGCAGCAGCAAGAGGAGAAGCAGCAAGACACGAAGACCUGUCAGCAGCGCCUAUCCCAAACACGAAGACCUUCCCCCAACCUUCCUCUGGUCCUUUCUCUCCAGACGUCUUCUCUCCUGCUUCCUCUGCCAGCUGUCGCGCCGUGGUUGGUGGCAGGAGCGGAUUUGCAGGUGCAGGGACAAGUGGUGAUGGUGGUGGUGGUGUUGGUGGUGGUGCCACUGCUGCUGCUGUUGCAGGUGGCGGUGGGGCAGGGCGGUCCAGAUCCAGCUGUAGCCAGGAUGCAGCCGGAUGGGAAGACAUCCUCUCAGAAGAACCCGUAGUGCCUGGGGAAAUUGGGGGCGUGGGGGAGGUUUAUCUGGGGGAGGCUGGUCUGGAAGAGGUGUUAUCUGCGGGCAAUACGCGGAGGAGCGAGUGCAACGACGAUAGCGUUGAGAUCACGGGAGAGAAGAGCAACAGACGGUCCCCUCUUGGGCUGCGUCCUGCUGGAUUUGCCUCGUCCAUGCUCGCUGUUCCCAUCGCUGCUGCUGCUGCUAUGGGUGCUGCUGCUUCUGCUGCUGCUUCUGGUGGUGGUGGCGGUGCAAGCGGCGUGCUAGGCAGAGCGAGCAGCACUGGUGUGUCGCCGCCGUCUCUGUCGCAGAAGAGCCUUCGACACGGCAUCGGCCUCCGGGGUUUGUCGUGGCGUCAGGGCAUGCCGAGUCUCGUGCUUGAGGAAUUGGAAGAGGAGGAGAAGGAGCAGAGCAGGGAUGGGAGUGCAAAGAAGGCAAAGAAAGGCAAGAAACAUAGGGAGGAAAAGAAGUCAAAGGCGAAAGAGAAGGGAAAGAAGCACAUACAGCAGGAGUCUGCGGACUUGAGUUCUGAGUUGGGGAAAAAACACCACCAUCACCACCACCAUCAGAAGCAGCAGCAGCAAAAGCAGCAGCAGAAGGCGCAGCAGCAACAAGAGGGAAACAAGCAGAGGCAUGAUGAGCUGUCUCCGCGUAGGCAGUUACGCAAGGCGCAAAGCGCUCCACGUGCGGUAAUAGAGGAUGAAGAGGAGGCGGUGAGACUGCUGGCUGAGGGUCAGCUUCCCUGGGUGCACAGCACACUCGCCUUUGCUCCUCCCUCCGCCCUCGCACCUGCUGAUUCUGCGCAGUCUUUCGCUUACCCUCACUCCCUCUCGCACCCUCAUGCUAGUCAACCAGCAGGACCAGCAAUAGAAGGUCAUCAAAGCCCCCUUCCGGGUUCGCUGCGCACUGAUAGCAGCAGCAGCAGUUGCAGCAGCAGCAGCAGCAGCAGCUGCGACUUUGAUUCUCCUUCUUUUCCAGGCCGCGAACCCGAGAGUGCUGUGGAUUCGGGGCCGAGGGUAGCACAGCUGAAGCAGCGGAUGCAGGAAGGUGGGGAGGGGGGGUCACUGAGUCCUGUUCCGGUUCUGGAUCGUCGCCCUCCUCUUUCUCGCACCUGGACCGCCCCUGCCGAGCGAGAGCGAGAGCGAGGAGGAGUAUCAUCAGGAGGUAAAAGCGGUGCAGGUGUGGGAAUCGGCAAAUCCUCCGGUGCUGCUGGUUACAAUGGUGGUGGUGACUACCGGGGUUACCACGGCAACCGCGGCAGUUCUCUUGGGUAUGGUGGGCUGGAGGUAGCUGUUGGGGAUGAUGCCAGGCCGCUGGCUCAUCGGCUGCUUCGAACCCACAACUUCCCUCUAGCCGCCAAUGCCCCUGCUGUGGCAGUGGAUGGGUUUCCCUCACCCACGUCCUCCCCUCCUGCCUCCCCUGCUCUUGCUGGCAACCCCGCACUGAACACGCUGCUCACACCCUCUCGAACCGCAGAUCUAGAGCAGGCACAAUUGGAUCAGUCACGCCUGUCUCAGUCGCACCAGGAUCCGUCACUCCCCAAUAUAUCAGAGCAGCAGGUGCCGUACGACCCCUUGCUGUCACCUCAAGACUCAGUCCCGCUCUGUUCCUCCACCUCCAUCUCCUCCGUCUCAUCCGUCUCCUCAUUUGACGACGAUUUCAGCAUGACCAGCGGCGUGUAUGCAGGCACCCGUGCUGCAGCUGCAGCCAAUGGCAAGGCCAGGAGUGGUGUGGUUGGUGCAGUAGCAGCAGGGGGGCUUGUAGAGGGUACAGAAGCUGCUGCUGCCGCUGGUGCCGCUGCCGCUUCUGCUGCUGCUGCUGCUGCUGCUGCUGCUGCUGCUGCUGCUGCUGCUGCUGCUGCUGCUGCUGCUGCUGCUGCUGCUGCUGCUGCUGCUGCUGCUGCUGCUGCUGCUGCUGCUGCUGCUGCUGCUGCUGCUGCUGCUGCUGCUGCUGCUAAUGCUGGCGCUGGCGUUCGUGCUCCCAGGAAGUCGCUACCAGCGACGAUGAACAUCCUGGUUCGGGACAAGCCCGAGGGAGACGUGGUGCGGACAGUGUGUGCAGCAGGCAAGGGCGCAUCCAUGGUUCUGGAAGACGAUGGAAUCGUACGGUCUGAGAUUCUCGUGCUCGAUUACUCCCCUCCUCCUGCUGCUGCUGCUGCUGCUGAUGGUGAUGGUCGGUUGGAUGGAGUGGGAGGUGGUGAUGCAACGGAUUGCGAGUCGUGCAUGUCGUAUGACACACCGAGAGGGAGCAGGCCAGGCGCCCCUCCCCCUUGCACGCCUGCCAGCCGUUCCCCCUCCUCGUCGUUCAACAGCAUAGGGGUGAAUUUCUGCGGAUCAGGGAGGGAAGGGGAAGAGAACCUGGGGGAUCUGGCUGGGAUGGUAGCAAGUGAAGCAGGUGCAGCAGGUGCAGCAGGGGCAGCAGGUGCAGCAGGUGCAGCAGGUGCAGCAGGGGCAGCAGCAGCAGCGACGGCGACUCUUUCACCGGUGCAAGAAGGGGAACCCAGCUCUCUCUCUCCUUCCUCGUCUCAACCAUUGCACUCCUCUCAGCCUGUCCCCGUGCUGUGGUUUGGCCAGGAGCUCUCGUUUGCGUUGCGGCCGGCACAUGAUGUAUCAGUGUCCAGAGGUGGAAUGGGGAGCACGGAUCAGGAAGGGCCCAUGUAUAGCACUCAUGGCAGCAUCAACAGCACCAGCAGUAGCAGCAGCAGUGUGCCGAACGGAGGGCUGGGGAGUGGCAAGGCGCAGCAGCCGCGGUCUGCAAGGCAGUCGAUGCUGGAGGGGAUGUUCAACCGGCAGUGGGGCAAAGCCAAGAGCGCAGCAGCCGCGGUCUGCAAGGCAGUCGAUGCUGGAAGGGAUUUUCAACCGGCAGUGGGGCAAAGCCAAGCACUGAUCGAGACUCUUACGAGGUUACCAGGGUCUGCAGCAGUCAUCCAAGCCAAGGCGGACCAGGGCGCACGGCACUUGUAA